AGCUGGGUGGAGAGGAUGGGGGUUAUCUCAGGACAGAUUUUGAGACAAAUGUUUUCCCCAAAGCACACAAAUGCUCCUCCUUUGAAGUCGGUAACUUGUGACUGUUUUGGCAGAACGUUUGACCAGCUGCAGCAGAUGUUGCAGCUUUAAAUUAAGGCAGAGUUGAAAUGUACAGUGCUGUGAUAUUCUGGCCCAUUGAAUGAUUGCAGAUCUGCUGAUGACCAACGUGAUUAGACUGGAGUGAAACUGCAUUGUGCGUCUCCCUCCUUGCUGUCUGUCAGAUGGCCGGAAGGGGCUAAGGCAAAAGCAUAUACUGUGCAGUUUCGCGUGGUUAUUGCAUUUGGUUUUCUAAGGGGACCGACACCGUCUGCAUUCUCCACCAGCACACACCCCUCAGCACCGGUGAUGCAUCCCCGCGGCAAGGACACGGACAACUCCUCGCUGGAAUCGUCUCGACUUUAGAAUGGUGCAGAAAUCUCUCAACGGCGGGGUUUACCCAACUCAGGCCGGAGAGAAGAAGCACAAAGUCGGGUUUGUUGGUUUGGACCCCGGGGCUCCCGAAUCCAGCAGGGAUGGGGCGCUGCUCAUUGCGGGUUCGGAAAGCACCAAGCGGAGCAGCAUCCUCUGCAGACCCAGAUCCAGCAUCUCCGCCGGUAGACCCAGACCGUCGAAGAAAAAUGCCAACUAUCGGAAACUACAGAAUUUCCUAUAUAAUGCACUGGAGAGACCGCGGGGAUGGGCGUUCAUCUACCACGCUUAUGUUUUCCUCCUGGUCUUCUCCUGCCUCAUACUCUCAGUCUUUGCCACCAUCAGAGAAUUCAAAAACAGCUCAGAGAGUGCCUUGUACAUCUUGGAAAUUGUGACCAUCGUGGUGUUUGGAGUGGAGUACAUCGUGAGGAUUUGGGCCGCAGGCUGCUGCUGUCGAUACAGAGGAUGGAGGGGGAGACUAAAAUUUGCCAGAAAGCCUUUUUGUGUCAUAGACAUUAUGGUGCUGAUUGCCUCAGUGUCUGUACUGGCAGCUGGAUCUCAGGGCAACGUUUUUGCCACUUCGGCCAUCAGGAGUCUGAGAUUCCUGCAGAUCCUACGCAUGCUGCGUAUGGACCGCCGUGGAGGGACCUGGAAGUUGCUCGGUUCUGUAGUGUAUGCCCACAGCAAGGAGCUCAUCACGGCCUGGUACAUCGGUUUCCUGUGUCUCAUCCUGGCUUCAUUCCUGGUCUACUCUGUGGAAAAGGAGUCAAAUAUUGAGUUUGAGACCUACGCUGAUGCUCUUUGGUGGGGACUGAUCACUCUCACCACCAUUGGUUAUGGUGAUAAGGUUCCCAAAACGUGGAACGGACGCUUGCUGGCAGCUACUUUCAGUAUGAUCGGAGUGGCUUUCUUUGCACUUCCUGCUGGCAUCCUGGGUUCUGGCUUUGCCCUCAAAGUCCAAGAGCAGCACAGGCAGAAGCAUUUUGAGAAGAGACGUAACCCUGCUGCAGGCCUCAUCCAGGCGGCUUGGAGGUUUUAUGCUACCAACCUUUCCCGUACAGACCUGCUAUGCACCUGGGAUUUUUAUGAGCAGACUGUAGCUGUUCCAAUGUACAGACUCAUUCCACCUCUGAAUCAGCUGGACCUGCUGAGGAAUCUGAAGGGCAAGUCAUUCAGGAAGGAGUCUCAGACAGAAACCUCUCCCAGUAAUGAAAAUGCACACAAAGACAGACUUUGCGGGUGCUGUCCAAGAACUAUUAGUCGGAAGGCCAGUCUGAAGGACAAGGUGUUUCCCAGUCCUUCCAAGGCUCCCCUGGCCAAGGGGAAGGCCCAGUCCCCAGGGCCAGAGGACGGGGCUGAGGCAAGCCCCAGCAAGGUCACUAAGAGCUGGAGCUUCAAUGAGAAGAACCGAGGGCCGAAGCAUGCCUUCAAAGUCCGGGGCAGCACCUCGCGCCAAAACUCAGAGGUGCUGAUUGAAAUGCAGGACGAAGACUUUGGACUGAAGAGUUCUCCAGCAAUUGAAGGUUUAAUAAAGGCGAGCCUCCCAGGGGAGGAAAUUGGUGAUGAUAAGAGCUGCCACUGCGAGUUUCUCACCCAAGAAUUAUCACCAGGCCUGAAGGUCACAAUCAGGGCAAUCUGCAUCAUGAAGUUCCUGGUGUCAAAGAGGAGGUUCAAAGAGAGUUUGCGGCCUUAUGAUGUCAUGGACGUGAUUGAACAGUACUCUGCAGGUCACCUGGACAUGCUGUCUCGGAUUAAGAACCUGCAGUCCAGGAUAGAUAUGAUUGUGGGGCCCCCUCCCCCAACAACACCUCGCCAUAAGAAGUCCACUGAAGGUCCUAGAGUUGACCAGAUAGUUGGUAAAGGUCCUAAAGCUGAAGGAGACACUACAGAAGAUCAGAGCAUGAUGGGACGACUGGUCAAAGUGGAAAAACAGGUGGUCUGUAUGGACAGGAAACUUGACUUCUUGGUCAAUGUGUACGUGCAACGUAUGGGCAUCCCUCGUUCUGAAACAGAGGCCUUUUUCAACUCAAAAGAGCCGUAUCCAGCCCCGCCUUACCACAGCCCAGAGGAGAGCAAGGACGAGAAGGAGGGAAAAGAGGAGGUGAAGGAGGAAAAGGAGGUGAAGACAUGCUCAGCGGCAGAAGUCCCAUGUUCUGAGGGGUCUUUAGAAAAGAAAGAUCCUUUACUUGGUCGGCCUGUGGCAAGAUCAGUGGGUACUCCUUCAGGCAGCAACAGCCGCCCCUCUACCUCCUGGCAGCAUCAGCUGCAGCACCCUCUUAGCCAGCCUGCCUGGAACAGCAGCGUGGCCAAUAGCCCUUCCCCAGUAGGUGGCAGCGGUGACCAUUCACCCACCCUCUUCCGCCUUCCACCUCCUCCUGCUCCAGUUCACGACCGAUCCUCCUCCGGUCAGGGUGAGAGCGGCUCUCAGAGCAGGAGGCGCCACAGGAGGCAGCAGUGUCAGCAAGAUGCCGCUGCUGUGGAGAGUGACACGUCUCUCUCCAUCCCAUCCGUAGACCAUGAGGAGCUGGAGCGCUCCUUCAGUGGCUUCAGCAUCUCCCAGGCCAAGGAGGACUUCUUUGGGCCUUCUUUCUUUACAGGUUCCGGAGGGGGAGGUGCAAUGGGGACUGAAGCCGGAGCUGGACCUUCACUUUGUGCCAGGGUCAGACCCUUCAUAGCGGAGGGAGAAUCAGAUACAGACUCUGACCUCUAUGCUCCCUCACCCCUGUCCUUCACUGGAGAGGUCUCCUGUGGAGAGAGGGGAUGGCCGGGACUGAAGUAGGUCAGAGAGGACUGCUCUGCCUGGCUGGUGUGAGAACAGAUCGGUGCUUCAGCUGCCAACACGAGACCUAUGAUUAGACCUUGUAGCCAGCUGACUUACUGUUAAUGAUGAUGCUGUUACAGACUAUGUUAGGUCAAGUGGAUGGUUAUGAGUUGUUGUUCAUCAUUUAUGAUGGUAAAAAUAUGUCCUCAUAAAAACAAAGGAGUCAUCUGUUAUCACCUUUUAUGUUUGUGAUGUAAUACUUCUUGAGCAGUGCUUAAUUAUAGUUGCAUCAAGAUCUUGAUUAAUUGGGAAAAAAAUUGAUGUUGAGGAGCAUUUUUCUGUCAUUUAUUAGUGAUGGAAGGUACAUGUGAGAGAGUGAUAUGUAGUACGUUUGCAUUGAACUUAUACUUGACUCUGAUUUGUAUCAAACAACGCAGAAAGUGUCAUUUUGGUUUCUGUUAAAAGUAGUGGGUGCACCUCCUCUGUUAGACACUGACCACUUUAGCUUUCAAAAGAUAAUGGGAGUUUGUAAUGCAAGAUUGUUACACGGUGAAUCACACGGUUAGCAUAGUGUCUUGAUAUAUUCUAUACCUUUGAAUGACUUAAGGUGUUAUGAUGCCAAAACCUUAGCUAUGAUAAUCAGUUAGAUUGUUGCAGACUAAACAAAAAAAUGGUUGCUUUUCACAUCAUUAAUUCAGCUUGGUGUUUAUGGAAUACUACAGAAGUCCCCUUAAAGUAAUACAGACACUCCCCCCAAUAAACCAGUGAACCUCUUGCAUGGCAUGUUAAAUGGUUGAUUUUAAGGACUGUGUUAAGCAGGCUACCAAACCAAACUGCUGCAAAAAAGUCAGCUGUAAAACUGUGUUUUUCUUCUAUACGAACAGACAGAGUGGUGUUAAUAAAAUGUAAAUGCGCCUGCAUGACUGGUUUCAAGUUGUAUUUUACAUUUUCUAAGGGGCUUUGCUUGAAUUCCAACCAUGUAAAUGCAACCUGAGCUUGCUAAUUUCAAUAGCUCUUCUUUUCUGGGCAAAUAUGUACAUGAAUUAUGUACACAUCAAAUGUAAAAACAGAUGUUUAAUGAUGCAUAUGUAUGGAAACAAUGUGGGCUGAAAUGGACACUUUUUGUAUUGUUAUCACACAACAUGUUGUGUUAGAUUAUGAAGGUCUGGGACACUGACUUGUUUGUCAGACAUGAUCGUAUGCAGCCUGCAAUGCAUUGAUCAUUCAUUUAGAUUGUCCGAUGCUAUGGCACUAAAUGAGGAAAUGCAAUAAAUAGCAAGUGAGGCAGUCAAGAACCAUUCUUUACAAACAUUGCCUUAUUUUCACACUAAAAUCCAUUUUAUAAGAACACAAGUCAACCAUUUAAUUUUUAACAUUUCUUAAAAGUAGUGAAAGUACAUUUUCAAAUGUUACUGUAUAUAGGAAGUUCUGUGGCCCGAGAGCAGCUGUUCUAGGUUACAUGUAGUCAUGAAUAACAUUUUAAGCAUGAACAGUGUGUUGUUGCUGUUGUUCAAACUAACCUGAACAACACAAAUACCCCCAUUUCAACAUUACAGCCCGAGACAUGGACAUGAUACCUAAAGAAUUUUCCUUUAAAGGAGACUGUUCACACAAUCCAUAUUUAAAAAAAAAAAAAGAUGACACAAAACUGGCGGCAUGUUUUGUAAAACAGUUGAGAGGGCCUGUAGGGUUUUCCAAAGUCAACACCAUCAUGUAACUGCACCUUAAUCUUCUUCAAUAAUAAAAAUUUGUACAUCACAGACAAA